AUGUGGGAACCCAAUGAGCAGCUGCUUCUUCGAGCACCAGUACUAUACAAAAAGAACGAGGGAACGCUAUUUGUGACACCACGACGAAUAGCAUGGCAGCAACAAGGAACACCACAAUUGAACCCAUCUAUCCUCUACAACAGCAUUUCAGGGUUACAACAGACGCCUGAAAAAGCUGCCAAAGUACUGUUGAAGAUCUCGACGACAGCCGAUCCAGCACCCAAAGAUUACACGUUCCAGUUCAUUUCGCAAAAGGCUUUAACAGAACGCGAAGCUGUAAAGUCUCAAAUCACCGAGUUGUUGGCACGAGCACGGGGAGGAUCAAGGCCAUCGUCAGCAACACCUCAUCGGUCACCUGCUAGAACACCUAUACCACCACCACCGCAUCCUCCAAGUAGUGCACCUUCCACGCCCGCAGGAGCUACAGCUACAGCAGCAUCUUCCCCUGCACCAGCAACACCACAACAACAAGCACCAUCCACCCCAUCCUCAUCAGCUGUUAGCAGCCCAAUACCCGGUAGCCCACAAGCAUGGCGGCAUGAAGAAUUCAAUGCAAGAAAGCAGCUACUAUCCACGAGUCGAGAAUUACAUACGUUGCAUAUGGAACUCGUGGUCCAAGGCAAGACGGUGACAGAAGAAGAGUUUUGGGCAAGUCCUUAUGUGAAACGGAUACGCCAGAAAUUGAAAAAGGAUACUGUAUCUCGUGAAGGACGACAAAAGGGACGAUCAUCCAAGAUGGUUGAAUUGAUGCCGGGUCAACAAGAAGGAUCGGAUGUCAAGUACACGCUUACGAGCCAAAUCAUCCACAACAUUUUCACCGAGUUUCCAUCAGUCAAGAGAGCUUAUGAUACCAAUGUACCGGAUAAGGUCUCUGAAAAAGACUUUUGGAAACGUUUCUUGGCAUCUGAAUUCUUUCAUCGAUCGAGGACGGGGGCGCGAUCACAAAUGGCGACGUAUGAUGAUAUAUUUGAUCGAUGUUUACAAGAGGAAGAUGAUGAAAAUUCCAAAGCACCUGAACUUUCGAGCUUGGACAAGAUUAGACGUGCCAUCGAUCUUACAGCUACUCAAGAAGAUCAUAUUGACAGUGGCAAUGCACCCGAUUUCACAAUGCGAGCUGGUGGUAAUACCCAAGUGCUACCUUUGAUCCGGAGGUUCAAUCGUCAUGCUAUGAGAGUGUUGGAGACUCCGCCAUCUAAGCUCAAGGAACAAAAAGCCAACAACGAGGAUGACAUUAUCAAGGAAAUCGAGAUCCCCGAUUUGCAACCAGAACAGCCUUCCGAACGUGUUGUGCUCGACAUUCAAGAUUCAAAGCGUUAUUUCGAGAGCCAAAGCAAAGACCGUGGACAUCUCAAUAUCACUGAACAGGAUGCCAAAGAGCUGCUGGGUAGUUUCAAGGAACAAUUUGACGCAUGGCAACCUGAUUUGACAAAGUCGGUCAUGAAGCCAAAGACAGCCGAUAGCGCCUACCUCCAACUUACAGAAAGCAUAAAGCGGAAGGUGAUGCAUGAUCAGAAAACGGCAGGAGCAGAUGUCAAACUUCCUCCGCAAGUGCACCAAAAAGUCCAGAGCUAUCACUCGGCGACGAAUGAGAUCUUAAGACAUUUUUGGGCCUCUUACGAUCCAUACCGGGCGGAUAAAAACACACGCAUGGCGGAUGGCCUGAAGAAGCAACGUGAAAAGUUCAAUGAGAUCUUGAUCACUGUCAAUAGCUACCAAGGCGACGUUGACAAAUGCAAGAGGAUGUUGAAACCCGUAAUGGUUGCCAUGGAUAUAGCACUGAAGGCAGCAGAAAAAAAGGCCAACAAAAAGCGGCGUGUAUGA